GGCGGGGCGAGCCGGAGCAGCGCGCCGGCGGGUUCAUUCAUAAAGAGCAGGAGGGGAGCGCGGCGCCCCCGCGGCGGGGGCAGGCAGGUCUCCCCUGGCGAUGAAGAGGAGCGGGAUGUGCUGGUGGCUUGUCACUGUCCUGGGGGUGCUGAGCAGCCCUGGCACCGGGGCCCGGAGCUGCGGUCCCCAGGAACACGGGGCACCGGGAUGCCCACCUGGAGAGGAGCCCACCGGGGAAUGUGGCUCAGUGGGGAUGUGCCGAGCUUGCCCCCCCGGCACUUUCUCACGAGGGGACACAUCCUGCUCCGCUCACACCCGCUGCCGGGAUGGGAACAGGAUCCUGGUGGCUCCGGGGACCGCGGUGACCGACAGCCGCUGCGGAUCCUGCCUGCCGGGGUUUUACAGCCCUGAAGGGGAGAAGGAGCCCCGGGGCCGGUGCCUGCCCUGCGCCACCGCUCCCCGCAGCACCCCGGGGUGCCGAGGCCGGCGGCGAGCCCGCAGCCCUGAAAUGCUGGAGCAGCCGGUGGGGACCAACGGGACAUGGGUGGCCCUGAUGGGUGAGGAAGAGGAGGAGGAGGCAGCGGCAGCGCAGGCAGCCGUGCUCACCAUCGUCCCGGUCUUCUGUGCCAUGGGGCUGUUGGGCAUCCUGGUCUGCAACCUGCUGAAGAAGAAGGGUUACUACUGCACCACCAGCAAGGACCCCCAGCCUGCAGCCCCUGGUCCCAGCUCCAUCUACCAGCUGGAGGAUGCCAAUGAGGACACCAUCGGGGUGCUGGUGCGGUUGAUCACUGAGAAGAAAGAAAACGCUGCAGCGCUGGAGGAGCUGCUGAAGGAGCAUCACAGCCAACAGCCGGUGCCACCAGGCUGUGCCCCCCCAAAUAAGCUGCACCUCCUGCCUCAGUUUCCCCUUGCCUGCCAGCACCAGCAGCACCUCCACACAGUGCAGGGUCCAGCCCCAUGCGCCCGCUGCAGCCAGAAGUGGCCCGAGGUGCUGCCACCACUCAGUGCCACCAGGGUCCCCAAAGCCGGGGGUCGGCCCAGCGACGUGACCAUCCUCUCUGUGGGCAGGUUCCGGGUGUCCCGGAUACCGGAGGUGAGGAGUGAAGCAGGGGGUGAACCCCACCAUGGACCCCUGCCCACGGGGAGCGGGAUGUGGUUGAAGAGCACUGAUGGAGCCCCCAAGCUGCCACCAGGCCUGGGGGCUGCCUCGGGGGGACGGUGACACCCACAAAGACCCCCAUGGAGGGGACAGAGGACGCUGGGCACCAUGUGAAAGCCAGUCCUGCUUGGAGCCAUGAAGUGCUGGAGGUGGCAGCUUGGCUUCUGCUCCUGCCACCAAGGCGUCCAUCAGGAACACGACCAAUCCAAUGUCUGGCCCAGCUGGUGAGAAGGAUUCCCUGUCCCUAAGGUCUGGUGGUGGCCACGGCAUGGUGGCCUGAUGGAGAGCAUCUCUGGGAGCCAUGAUGCUGGUGGCGGUGGCCACAUCAUGGUCCCCUGAUGGAGAGCAUCUUCUGGAGCUGCCGCACUGGUGGUGCUGGCCAUAUCAUGGUGGGCUGACGGAGAGCAUCUCUGGGAGCCAUGAUGCUGAUCAUGGUGGCCAGAUCGUGGUGUCCUGAUGGAUAACAUCUCUGGAAGCCAUGAUGCCAAAGCACAGCUCCAGUGGAGGACAUCACGCAGCCACGAUGCCAUUUCAUGGUCACCUUCUGGGUCUGUUGAACCGAAGCCUCUCCAGGAACAUCAUGAGCUCUUGAUUUCCCUCCAUCACGAGGUACCAGCACUCAACACUGCAGCCUAAUGACAGUCUGUGGAUCACAGAACAACUCCCACCUUACCAGCAACCCACCCAGGGCAUGGGUUGAUCUGGCCAAACAUGGUUGAUCUGCAUGUUCAUCUCUAUCCAAAGUCUCAAUCAGCCCAGGAGAUCCACUCUGCUCACCACGAAGCUCACACGCUCCAUAGGAGCUCCUUCUAUAGGAUCAUAUUGACUUGGCCAUAUUGGGCUCAGUGGAACAACCCACCCAAGGUUGAGUUGGCGACCAUCAAGCUCCACCACCAACCUAGAAACGGGUUUAUGGCUGCUCGCGUUCACUUCUCCACCACAUCACCACCAAAAAACCAACCACAAACCCGCUCUUGGGCUCUUUUAUUUAUUUUUUAUCUCUUUUUUUUUUUUGGAAACAUGUUCGUAGUUCUCCAAUGUUCUACAUCUUACAGGAAAUAUCGGACAGUUACAAACUCUGGUGGGGAGAUCACGACCUGAUCUUCAGAACCAAAACCAGAACAAAACCCAAAACCAGGGAACUAAACCCAAACGGACACUUUCAGAUGGACAAACCGAGGCUGGGGCGGGGGGGGGGCUCUCCAGGGCAUCACUUCAAGGCCAUGUUCCCUCCACACCUUUGAGACUUGGAAGACAUGGUUACCCUUGGGUUUCAUCUUCAUUUCUCUUCGUUUUUGGUAUUUAUGUAUUUAUUUUUUUGCUUAAGAGGUCAAAUACUAUUUAAAAACGAGCUGGUUUGGGGGGCAAAAUGGAUUAAAAACCUAAUUCCAUAGAAAGAAGGGUAAAACCCAA